AUGACAUCGCGCCUGGUCGAAUACAGCGAACUGACUACCUUCCCACUGGAGCUAGAGUUAGAGGAAGAUAUUGAGGAAGAAAUCCAUCACUUUGUGAGACUGAGCCGCUUGGGACAUUACGCAGAGGCUCAAAGGUUUUUUGACCAAACUCUAAGAAAACAUGACCAUCUCUUCCCAGUCUUUGCUGAGUAUGCCGAUAUGCUCUUAGAGCAGGGCCGCUGCAGACAAGCUUCGGAGAUUCUGGAGGAGUAUAUAAUGUCAAUGAGCGAAUCCUUAGGGGAUAGCGAUGAGAUGCAGCUUCUGAAAUUAAUGAAGUCAUUAGCGGACAUGCACUCGCAGGGCGCGCUAAGGUCAGCCUUGGAGGAGGCGCAAAGAGCAUGGGGACUUUUACAACUGGCAGGCCAAAAAAGCUCCGGUAAAAUCCUUAAUGAGGUGCAGGCUAGUGAGACCGGAUCCAUUGGUUAA